AUGUGUCUGGAACAGUUCAGUUCGCAAGUAGUUGAAAGGUAUAACAAACCGGAAGUAGAAGUUGGUACAUCAUCCGAACUUUUGUUAACUCCAGUAGUUGUGUCACGUAACAAGCAGGAGCGUGUCUUAAUCGAGCCAUCGAUUAAUUCGGUGCGCGUCAGUAUUGCCGUGAAACAAGCUGAUGAUAUUGAAAAGAUUUUAACUCACAAGUUUACACGUUUUAUGUGUCAGAGGGCUGAGAACUUUAUUAUACUCAGAAGGAAACCAAUGCCUGGUUAUGAUAUAUCAUUUUUGAUAACUGCAACGCAUACGGAAAUAAUGUAUAAGCACAAAUUGGUUGAUUUCUUAAUUCACUUUAUGCAGGAAAUUGACAAGGAAAUUAGCGAUAUGAAAUUGGCAUUGAAUGCUCGUGCUCGAGUAUCUGCCGAAGAAUUCUUGAAGCGUUUCAAUUAA